AUGAGUGGGAUUGUCGAGGAUAGGAUAGGAGAGAAAAGCAAGCCGUCCUUGCCUGUACACGUAUGCGUUUCCUGGGAUUACGAUGUAUAUUGUGAUAUCGUGAUGUAUGUGACAGAGGACAGACAGACAGACGACGCACACAUACACACACACACAUGCAUAUCCGAGAGAUAUAAACCCCCGCCUCCUCCAGAAAUAUAUAACAAAAACCGGGUGACACGGCUGGCAUGUUUCUCCUUGAUGGAAACGGACAGUUUUGAAGACAGAAGAAUAAUAUGGUGCUCGAUGCUGAUAGGGAGUUCUAUUCCUCGUUAUUUUAUCCCCGCGUUUGUUACUACCGCUAUUACUACUACUAAUACUGCCACUACUACCACUACUACCACUACUACCACUACUACUACUACUACUACUACUACUACUACUACUACUACUACUACUACCACUACUACCACUACACUACUACUAGUAUUACUACUUUUACCACUGCUACUGCUACAAAGUCUGGAUUUUAAAUUUGGAUGUAUUUUUUGCCGAAUUACUGUUUAUUUGUUUAAAUUAUGGGGAAAAAAAAUUACAAUUAAAAGCAAAGUUAUCUGUAUUGUUAAUGAUAAGAAAAUCAAUUUUCUCGGAAAUAUUUCUUUAGAAUAA